AUGACUUGACCUUUUAUUUCCUUUUAUCGUUCCUCCGUUUUUUACUUUCCAUAGGUGAGCCUCCUCAGGUCGUAUAUAUACGAGCUAAAACAGCAUAACUCAAGGUAAAUAUUUGUAUGCAGUGCUCAGCUAGAAGGAUCCAGAAAAGAAAGAAAGAGAAGCUAUGGCUGGUUUGCAAAGAUCUGCAGUGUCUUUUAGGAGGCAAGGAUCUUCAGGUCUUGUUUGGGAUGACAAGCUUUUGUCAGGAGAGCUAAACCAAGUAGCAAACGACCCGAAGCAAGAACACGAACAAGAACGAGAACUAGAAGAAAAGCUAGAUAUUCAGCAAGAAAAAGACGUUAAGCCAUCAUCGAGAACAGUCAGCACCAUAGAAAGAAGCCGAUCCAACGGUGGACAACGAGCCUACCGCACCGGCAAGGUCUCUCCGGCUAUCGAACCUCCUUCGCCAAGGGUCUCUGCUUGUGGGUUUUGCGGUGCUUUUGGAAAAUCGCCAAAGAAUCAUCGGAAAAAGGCCGGUAAGCCCAGAUCACGAUAAUUUUCCGUGUUUACUAGUGACCGGGGAUGGCAUAUUCCUGUGAAUUGGG